AUGAAAUUCAAGGUGGCCGGCCUAGUGGCCGACCUUAUGCCCAACAUAAGGCUCAUUCAAGCCUCAGGACAUUUCAUGUUCAACUAUCACGCUGAUAAUUCAGGGGCUCUACAUACUCUAAGGCUUGGUUAUAGCUGUGCACAUCUGGUGUGCGUUCUAUUUCAAUAUGGCACGAUCAUGGGAAAUUUGUUGGUAGAACGGGACAAUGUCAAUGACUUGGCUGCUAACACCAUAACAACCCUAUUUUUCGCUCACUGCAUCACGAAAUUCAUAUACUUCGCAAUGAGAUCAAAACUUUUUUAUCGAACACUCGGUAUAUGGAACCAGUCCAACAGUCAUCCGAUAUUCUUGGAGUCCAACAACAGGUACCACGCGUUGUCUCUGAAGAAAAUGCGGAGGCUUCUGAUGAUAAUAGUGAUAGCUACGACGUUUAGUGGAACAGCUUGGACUUGCAUUACCUUUAUCGGCGACAGUGUACACAACAUUAAAGACCCGGACAACGAAAACGAAACCAUAACGGAAGAAAUACCCAGAUUACUCGUAAAAUCUUGGUAUCCCUGGGAUGCCAUGUCUGGGACAAAGUACUGGGCUACUUUGGUAUUCCAAGUAUAUUACGUUUUCUUUUCGCUGGCACAUGCAAACUUACUGGACAGUUUGUUCUGUUCUUGGCUCAUAUUUGCCUGCGAACAGCUUCAACAUUUGAAAGAGAUCAUGAAGCCACUUAUGGAGCUAUCGGCCACUUUAGACACGUAUGUACCGAAAAGUGCUGAUUUGUUUAGAGCUCCAAGUGCCAACAAUGAUAAUCUUAUAGAGAAUGACUACAACGAAAAAAACAACGAUGAUUUGAACCUUAAAGGCAUAUACAGCACUAGGCAAGAAUUGGGGGGUCAUUUUAGAUCAGGAGCCCUCCAAACCUUCGGGCAAGGAGGGGGAGGGGUCGGACCGAAUGGUCUGACGAAAAAACAAGAAUUAAUGGUCCGUUCCGCCAUCAAAUACUGGGUGGAACGCCACAAACAUGUCGUCAGGCUUGUCACUGCAAUCGGGGAUGCCUAUGGAGUCGCUCUACUUCUACACAUGUUAACAUCAACCGUGAUGUUGACUCUUCUCGCCUACCAAGCCACUAAAAGUUCUUCUGUAAUGGAAGCAGCCUACAGUUGCCAUUGGUACGAUGGCUCGGAAGAAGCCAAAACAUUUGUGCAAAUUGUGUGCCAGCAGUGUCAAAAAGCUAUGUCCAUAUCAGGGGCAAAAUUCUUCACAAUAUCUUUGGAUUUGUUUGCGUCUGUUCUAGGGGCUGUGGUAACUUAUUUCAUGGUGUUGGUACAAUUGAAAUAAAUUAUUUUGUUUUUUUGAUUUGAUGCUUAGAAUGUGAUAAUAGUUAAAUACCUCAUUAAUAUGGUACAAAUAUUUAAAAAAUGUUUUCAAUAAAAAAAUAGAUUUUAGUUUAACUAUAGUUUUAUAUAGUAUUUAAAUUAACAUUUACCAUUAAAGGCAUUCACAUUGUGUCUUACUAAAAUACUAAAA